AGUUCCCACACUUUAGUCGGUCUAUUUCUCUCGUCUUAAGAUUUUUUCUUAACUACUGUCCUUCCCUCUAUCAACUAAUCAUCAACCCAUAUUCAAAGGGCAAAACCGGAAACUGAAUCCCAAAAUACCCGAAAAACUCCUUAUUCCGUCUUUCUCCUUUUCUUUGUCCGACCGUAGCUUUUUUCUCUUUCUUCAAUGGAGAUUUCUCCGGCAACCCCGGCAUCUUCUUUCGAUACUCAGAUCAAAACCUUAAACUCAAAUGGAGAUGAUGCAUCUUCAUCUGAAAUGAUUGAUUCAGAAGAUUUUAAAAUCGACGGUCACAGUGAAGAGAGAGAAUCCACCGGGAAAAGUAACAAUAUCCCGGAGACUGAAACAGCAUCGUCAGCGAAGAGGAAUGUGUUCGAUGAUGACGAUGAAGAAGAGGAUGUUUGUAGGAUUUGUAGGAAUUCUGGUGAUGCUGAUAAUCCUUUGAGAUAUCCUUGUGCUUGUAGCGGUAGUAUUAAAUUCGUUCAUCAGGAUUGCCUUCUCCAGUGGCUUAGUCACAGUAAUGCUCGUCAGUGCGAGGUGUGCAAGCAUGCAUUUUCAUUCUCCCCCGUUUAUGCAGACAAUGCUCCUACUAGACUUCCGUUCCGGGAAUUUGUAUUUGGGAUUGGAAAGAAGACUUGUCAUGUCCUGAAAUUCUUUUUGCGUCUUGUUUUUGUGUUAUCUGUUUGGCUUCUUAUUAUACCUUUCAUCACCUUUUGGAUUUGGCGGCUGGCUUUUGUUCGUAGUUUCUCUGAUGCAAAUCGCUUAUUCCUCAGUCAUAUGUCAUUUACUGCUAUCCUCACAGAUUGUCUACAUGGAUUUCUUCUCUCGGCGAGCAUUGUGUUUAUAUUCCUUGGGGCAACUUCUUUGAGAGAUUAUUUUAGGCAUGUACGAGAAGCACAAGGACAUGAUGCGGAUAGAGAGGUUGAAGGGGAUAUAAAUGGUGGCCAAGCAGUUCGAAGGCCUCUUGGACAAGUCAAUAGGAAUCUGCUUGCUGAUGGCAAUGUUGAUGAUGUUGGAGAAGCUCCUGGAAUUGCUGGAGCUAAUCAAUUGUUAAGACGGGCAGAACAUCUUGCUGCUGAUUGGGAGAGGCGGGCUGCUCGACUUGAAGUUCAGGUUGAUCAGAUUUUUGAUGGUCUGGAUGAUGCUGAUGGUGCUGAUGAUGUUCCCUUUGAUGAGCUUGUGGGCAUGCAAGGUCCUGUCUUCCAUUUGGUAGAGAAUGCUUUUACUGUUUUAGCUAGCAACAUGAUCUUUCUUGGAGUUGUUAUCUUUGCUCCCUUCUCACUUGGGCGUGCAAUAUUACAUUAUGUAUCGUGGCUUAUUUCUUCUGCUACAAGUGCCACAUUUUCCACAAUGACACCAUUUACAGAAUCAGCACUCUCCUUGGCUAAUAUCACCUUGAAAAAUGCCUUAACAACUGUGACGAAUCUUUCUGAGAACUCGGAAAAUCUUAUUGAUUAUGUAACUGAAGUAAUGAAACCAAAUGCGAGUGAACUAAAUGUGUCUUCCAACAACAUUAGCUCCCCCCUGGCUUCUGACGUCCUGAAAGGAGUGACUGCUGGAACAUCCAAGCUUUCUGAUGUUACAACACUGGCUGUUGGAUAUAUGUUUAUUUUCUCACUUGUCUUUCUUUACUUAGGUGUGGUUGCAUUUGUUAGGUAUACCAAAGGUGAGCCUCUUACUAUGGGGAGGUUCCAAAGUAUUGCUUCUGCAGCAGAGAAUAUCCCAUCUCUUUUACGACAGUUCUUCUCAGGCAUGAGACAUUUAAUGACGAUGAUUAAGGUUGCAUUCCUUCUGGUUAUCGAGCUUGGGGUUUUCCCUUUGAUGUGUGGCUGGUGGCUGGAUAUCUGCACAAUACGUAUGUUCGGAAAAAAUAUGGGUCAAAGAGUUGAAUUCUUUUCUGUCUCUCCAUUGGCCAGCUCUUUGGUUCAUUGGGUUGUCGGGAUAUUCUACAUGCUUCAGAUUAGUAUAUUCGUCAGCCUUCUUCGAGGGGUGCUACGUACUGGAGUCCUAUAUUUUCUUCGAGAUCCAGCUGAUCCCAACUACAAUCCAUUUCGCGAUCUCAUUGAUGAUCCAGUUCACAAACAUGCUCGCAGAGUUUUGCUUUCUGUAGCUGUCUAUGGAAGUUUGAUUGUGAUGCUCGUUUUCCUACCUGUCAAACUUGCAAUGCGAAUGGCACACUCCAUAUUCCCUCUAGAUAUCUCAGUAUCUGAUCCAUUUACUGAGAUACCUGCUGAUAUACUGCUGUUCCAAAUUUGCAUCCCCUUUGCCAUUGAGCAUUUCAAAUUGAGGACUACAAUUAAGUCUCUUCUUCGGUCUUGGUUCACUGCUGUUGGCUGGGCUCUUGGAUUGACUGAUUUUUUACUUCCUAAGCCUGAAGAUUUAGUUGGUCAUGAUGAUGGCAAUGGUGAAGCAGGUAGACUGGAAAGAUUACGUGGUCUACAGGUGGGUGAGGCACAGCAGGAUCAACCUCAGCGACCACUUCUUCCUGAUGCUCAUAACAAUGAGGCCCAUGGGUCUGUAAAUUCCGAUGUAAUGGAGGAUUAUGAUGGAGAAGAACAAUCUGAUUCAGUACGGUGCAAAUUUGUAUUUCGUAUUGUCCUACUCUUGGUGGUGGCCUGGAUGACCUUACUAGUUAUCAAUUCUGUGCUAAUUAUCAUACCUGUAUCUCUCGGAAGGGCUAUCUUCAACUCCAUUCCUCUUCUUCCGAUAACGCAUGGCAUUAAAUGCAAUGAUCUGUAUGCUUUCACCAUUGGAAGCUAUCUUAUCUGGACAGCCAUAGCUGGAAUCAGGUAUACAAUUGAGCAGAUCAAAUCAAGGAGGGCAGCAGUUUUGCUUGGCCAAGUUUGGAAGUGGUGUGGAAUUGUUCUCAAGAGCUCUGCUCUUUUAUCUAUAUGGAUAUUUGUGAUUCCUGUGCUGAUAGGGCUGCUGUUCGAGCUUCUGGUGAUUGUUCCUAUGCGAGUGCCAGUUGAUGAAAGCCCUGUUUUUCUUCUUUACCAGGACUGGGCUCUAGGAUUAAUAUUUUUGAAGAUCUGGACGAGAUUGGUUAUGUUGGACCACAUGAUGCCCCUAAUAGAUGAGAGUUGGAGAACUAAAUUUGAAAGAGUAAGAGAAGAUGGUUUCUCGAGGCUGCAGGGUCUUUGGGUGCUGCGGGAGAUCGUGCUUCCUAUUAUAAUGAAGCUGCUAACAGCUCUUUGUGUACCCUACGUUUUAGCUCGAGGAGUAUUUCCAGUUUUUGGUUACCCUUUGGUGGUUAACUCUGCUGUCUAUCGGUUCGCUUGGUUGGGUUGCCUAUGCUUAAGCGUGAUAUUUUUCUGCGCAAAGAGAUUUCAUGUCUGGUUCACAAACCUGCACAAUUCCAUUCGUGAUGACCGCUAUCUUAUCGGUCGGAGGCUCCAUAAUUUUGGGGAAGUAAGCGUGCAGAGGGCUGAUGAAAAAAUAGAAACUACUAAUUUGCAGAGGGAUGCUGUAAAUAGACAGGUUGAUGUGGGUUUGAGAUUAAGACGAGGCAACCAAGUUGAUGCUUGAUUUGAUUACGGUAUGUAUUCGUCCUCAUCCUAUUCAAAACCCAUUUGAAGGAAGUUGUAUGAGUUAAUUGUAGAUUAAUUCAUUAGUUUUGUGCAUAUAUAACAUGGUGUAAUAGUAGAGAACUAGAGUUAAAAGAGGAAUAUGUAUCACUGUAUUUUCUUUUUUAAUCCCAAUAGUUAAUUCGUCAUAGAAGAGGAAAAUUUAUUACUGUAUUUUCUUUUUAAUCCCAAUAGUGAUUCGUCUUAGCCUAAUCACAUUUUAAUUCGUU